AUGUCUUACACCAGAAAGGUGCAACAGUGCCUAGAGAAAUCAAGCGCUAAAUAUGUCGACUCGGCAAAAUCAGACAUUCUUGGUGCCUUAGCUGAAUUCAAGGAUCUUCUUCCGGAUACAGAGAGUUACACAUUCCCAGAUGGUAAACGAAGAACGGCUUUCCGCUUACAUGGCACUAUUCCUGUGUUUUACAAGGGUGCUAGAUAUAAUAUUCCUAUAUCAGUGUAUCUAUGGGACACUCAUCCAUAUUAUGCACCGAUUUGUUACGUAUGUCCGACACCGACGAUGGUCAUACGUGAGUCAGAGCAUGUAACGAAGCAAGGACGCGUAUUUCUGCCAUACCUGAAUGAAUGGCGGUUCCCGGGUUAUGACUUGAACGGAUUAUUACAAGUAAUGGCGAUGGUAUUUCAAGAAAAAUGUCCUGUUUUCGCAAAAUCAUCGACAGCAUCAGCAAACAGCACGCCGACGCCGACAUCUGCCACCUCACAACCUACCCCUUCGUAUCCAACACCAUAUCCAACAGCAACUCCCUCGCUACCAACACCCUAUCCGGCCAUGCCACCAUAUUCAGGACAAACUCCGUAUCCUACGACGGGCAAUCAAUUCGGAAGUGCAUAUGUGAACACACCAUAUCCACAACCAUCAAUUCCGUCUCGACCAACUCCACCUGUUCCUCCGAUUCCUACGUCAUCAGCGGGCACUCUUCAGCCGGAGCAUAUUCGAGUAUCAAUAUUAAGCGCACUCGAGGAUAAGCUGAGAAUGCGGCUCAGAGAGAAAAUGGGUACAUCUCAUGCAGAAAUGGCAUCAAUUCGUGAAACUCAAUCCGAACUGCAAGCUGGGCAACGAACCCUUCGGAAUAUGAUAGAAGAACUGGAAAAACAACAGAAACUUUUAGAAGCGUUUAUUUUCGCGCAUCAGGAUAAAAAGAACGAAUUGACGCGAACGUUAGCAGAAUGUGGCGAUGACAACGAGAAUAAAACGGUUGAUAUUGACCAAGCUAUCGAUGCGGCUACACCAUUACAUAGGCAGAUUCUCACAAACUACGCUCAGGACUUGGCAUGUGAUGACGUCAUUUAUGCACUUGGUAAGUAA